CCAAUAUUUUUAUUAAUAUACAUUUUUUUCUCAUCAGUCCUAUGACCCAUUUUUGAGUUACGACCCACCAGUAGAGAACCAUAUUAACAUAAAUAAAAUAAUACAAAAUAAGUAAUAUAAAAAUAUAAGCACUGUAAAUUGAACAGUGGUGUGGUGCUGCAAAACAGGAGGAUCUAAUUGUGGAUCUCAUGAGAGAGAGAGAGACGGAGAGACAGGUGUCAUGACGGGGAAUGCAGUUGGUGUGUGCGUGUGUGUGUGAGUGUGUGUGUGUUGCAUGUGCGUAAUGUGCUGUUUGCAUGUGUGUUCAUGAGAGAGAGAGCGCGAGAGAGACAGUAACCCUGAUCAAAUGUGCUGCAUGUGACGUCAUCCAGCAUCCAUUCCGCCGUAUCCUUGGAGAAAUCAUUCCAUGGUGACUGGUUGCUAUAGAAAUGCUCGUUUCCAUCCAAGUUCCAGCGGAAUAACGUGGUGUGCGCUUGACGUGGCAUGUCAGUGAGAACGGACUCCAUGGAGAAGCUUUUGUUCCUGUGUGGAGGGAGCGGAGAGCCGGUAAAUGUUGAGGACAGCAACGACAUGUUACCUAAAUCCAGACGAGCUCUCACCAUUCAAGAGAUCGCAGCGCUGGCUAGAUCUUCACUUCACGGUAUCUCGCAGGUGGUCAAAGAUCAUGUGACGAAGCCCACGGCAAUGGCGCAGGGGCGCGUGGCCCACCUGAUCGAGUGGAAGGGCUGGUGUAAACCCACCGACACUCCCAGCGCUCUGGAGUCCCACCUCACCUCAUACUCUCAUCUGUCCGAGGGCGAGCAGGAGGCGCGCUUCGCUGCCGGGGUGGCAGAGCAGUUUGCCAUUGCGGAGGCAAAGCUUCGUGCCUGGUCUUCAGUGGAUGGUGACGAGUCUAACGACGAUUCUUACGAUGAAGAUUUUCUACCUGCAAAUGAUCCCGUUACACAGAGCACAGAUCUGUCCUCGUACCCUCAUUACCUGAGGGAUCUCUUACAAACUCAGGUGUGUCAGGCUCACCUGCGGGGUCGAGGUCUGUGUGAGGCCGAGAGCGGGGUGGGAGCUGACCUUUCACCUCCCGUGGGUUCACCGGGGUCGCCGUCGGAAACGCUCUGCUCCAGCAUGUACAGCUUGGACGAGAGACACCCGUUGCUGCGGGACCUCGGCCGCCACGUGGACUCGCCCGCCGCCGACCUCACCGCCAAGAUUCUCGGUGCUCUUCAGGGAGGGGAGGAGCUACUGUUGGCCCGCCUACACAGGGCGGGGCACAGACGAGGCCACUCCCCCUGUUGCUUGGAAACAUACUCCGAGACAUUCGAAGACGAAGACACGCCUUGUAAGGACUGUGGAGGCGGAGUCUGCCUUCCGCCUGAAUAUUCCACGCGUAGAAAGGUGUCGGACGUGGCCUCGUCUGGCAUCGUCUCGCUCGACGAGGAAGACGUGGACGCGGAGGAAGAAGAGCAAGAGGAACAGUGACGUCUCUCAGCCUGACGUGACGUGCAUGUUUAUUUUGGACUCCGCCCACUAAUUUGCAUUUUGCUCCGGGCGUCACUUGCUCUCGUGGUUUGAACUUUUAACUCUGUUUUUUCGUUAUUGACUUUCAACGCGAGACUGAAUUUUGGUUCUCAGGCUCUCAAAAAAAAAUGCAUCUUGAUGAACUAAAAAACAAAAACUUAUGAGGUUUCGCAAAAAGGAGGAACAUAAGACUGACGUCGACCUAAUUAUCGCUGCAUGUAUUGCAAGUGCCGAACUGAACUUAAAAUCAUAAAUGUUUGGAUCUGGACGUCCAGUUGUUUAGCACGGUUUGUGGAUUUGGCUGUUGUAUAAUCCUGCUCCUUAUGUGACAUCAGGCCCCAUUGCAUUCUGGGUCUUGAUCACAUGACGCCUGUUCCCUGGUCCCCGGUUGCAUCUUUUGGGCAUGGCUUGCUGAUUACGUCAAACUCACUAUCUGAUCUGUCACUGUCGCUUAUGAAGCGACGCACGAAUGCAGAAUGUUUAUACCGUGACAGAAAGAUGUAUUUCAAAACAUAGAAUGCGUAAGAAUACUGACGAUCAAGUUAUGCUUUUUUUCUAUUAUUAUUAUUAUUAUUAUUAUUAUUAUUAUUAGGUAACACUUUAUUUUACAGUAUCCUUGUUACACGUGUUACAUGUACUUAUUAUAGUAAUAACAGUAAAUUAUGCAUGAUUACAUGCAACUAACCCUAAACCUAUAGUAAGUACAUGUCAUUAGUUAUUAUUAAUCAGUACUUAAUUUUAUACUUAAACUGAAACAAGGACACCUCAAAAUAAAGUGUAACCUAUUAUUAUUAUUAUUAUUAUUAUAUUAAAUUUGAUUCAUAGACUUGAAUGGAACUUUUUCACGUUUGGUUUUAUUUCUAAAAGCAUUAUUGUCUUAAGACGAACACAAUGAAUGUUUAGGAGUUGAUCCAGUGUUGUGGAAUCGAUGUGAGUUUCGCGCCGUUUGAAGGACUUUCGGAGAGUUGCUCUAUUUUUGUACUGUGUGGUUUUUGCGGUGAAUUGCCUAUUUGGACUAAGUGAGUAACGCUGUGGUUUGUUCACAAGAUGCUUGUUGAUUGCUUUCUUUCUUUCUUUCUUUAUUUCUCUCUCUCUUUCCGUCUCUGAAUUAUCACUGUGUGAUAUUGUCUACAUCAGGAAAAAAAAAUAAUACUAAUGUGAAAAAGAAACAAAUGGCCCUUUUUCUUUAUUUGUCUCUGGAGAGGGAGUUUGUGUGCUGUAUAAUUUUGUUACCGUCGUACGUCCUUGUUUUGUUCUUUGCGUUCGGUAAAUGUCAAGCACUCGCUCUUUUUCUAUAAGGGCCACUUUUAUUCUCAGACAUUCUCUUGUUACCAUGGAGAUCCAUGAUUCACAAAGAAAUUAUGGUUAUAGUCAAUCAGACAAUUCUGACAAUCUAAUUAGCCCACUCACACACACACACACACACACACACACACACACACACACACACACACACACACACACACACACACACACACACACACACAGAAUAUCACAGCAAAGACGCAUGUUUCUUGCACUCCUGCCCUGAGUUUCCCUAAGCAGGUUUUUUUUGUUAGUUUGUGUGUAGAGUGUUUGUAUAAGAUUUCUCCCAUUUACUCACCCUCUUUUUUCUUUCUGUAGAACACAAAAGGCUGUUUAGCUGAAUGUUCAUGCUGCUCUUUUCCAUGCAACAAUCACAUUACAGUGACCAGGGGCCGUCAAACUCCAAUAUUUAGUGCAUUAUAUUCAAACAAAUACAAGUCAUUAAUAACUGAACGGCAGCUCUCAAAUCUCAUUAGUGUUUACAUAUUCAAAUAUAGAGCAUGUCUGCCGGGUAGGUCAUCACUUAACACUCUAAAAAUUGGCUGAGCGUAAAACAAAAAGUAAGACUUUAUUAUGUUUUUAUCUUAAGAAAUAUUUAUAGUAAACAUAUUCAGUUCAAUGCAUCAUAAAAGCAAAUUUUUUACCCUGGCUAAACUGUGUUGUUAACUAAAACUAGAUAAAAUCAAAGAAAAUAUAAAUAUUAAUUGAAGACUUUAAACUCAAUUAACUAGCAUACUGGUAACACUUUACAAUAAGGUCUCCUUUGUUAACACAUGA